AUGGAGAGCCCUAAAAAUGUCGUAAAAAAAUUAUUUUCUUUACUUCCAAUUUUGGUUUUCCUGAAGAAAUCCAGUAGCAACUUAAAAAAGGACACGGACAAGGAAAAAGCUGACAAUGUUAAUAAAGAAGAGCUAUCCAAGAAAUUUUCCUUAACGACCUUCCGGUCACUUAAUAAAGUUACUGGCUACUGUGACGCCUCAGCGAUGGUUACAUAUGGAGUUGAUGAUGUACCACGCGUCCAACAUAUGUUCGGUUGUUGGCCUUGA